AUGUCUUUGCUAGUUAUGGAGACAAAAGGAUACCACAGCUACCCAGAAGGCUUAGAUAUGGAGAGACGGUGGGGUCAAGUUUCUCAGUCUGUGGAGUAUUCUUCCAUAGGUGCUGGAGAGCAGACUGAUGACAGUAACUACAUGGAGAUUGUAAACGUAAGCUGCGCCGCCGGCACUUUCGCAAACAGCAGUGCUCAAGGAAACAGCAAAGAAAAACCAGAGCUACUCUCCUGCCUGCAGCAAGACAACAGCCAGCCUGGUCUUCUGCCCUCUGACAUCAAAACCGAAACGGAGUCCAAGGAGCUGUCGGCAACCGUGGCCGAAUCCAUGGGUUUAUAUAUGGAUUCGAUACGAGACGCAGAUUACCACUACGAUCAGCAGAACCAGGGGAGCCCAGGAAAGAUCUACCAGAACGUGGAGCAGCUGGUGAAGCUCUACAAGGAGAAUGGCCAUUGCUCCUCUCCCCUCCACAGCACCAGCAGGCCCUUGAGGUCUUUGAUGUCGGACUCGGGGAGCGCUGUGAACGGCGGUGCCAUGCACACCAUUGUCAAAAGCCCUAUCAUGUGUCAAGAGAAAAGCCCCUCAGGCUGCAGCCCUCAGAACAUGGCCUCCUCAGUGUGUAGUCCUGCGGGAGUUAACUCCGUGUCUUCAACUACUGCUAGCUUUGGGAACUUUGCCAUGCACAGCCCCAUCGGGCAGGGCACCCCUCUGUCGCGCUCGCCGAACGUUGAGAGCCGGGGCUCCAUGCUGCACAGCCCCGCGCACAUCAGCAACGUCGGCUCUCCGCUUUCCAGCCCUAUCAGUAGCAUGAAGUCGCCGAUUUCCAGUCCUCCCAGCCACUGCAGCGUGAAAUCUCCCGUCUCCAGUCCCAACAAUAUCACUAUGCGGUCUUCUGUGUCCAGUCCUGCGCACCUGAACUCCAGGAGCUCCAUUGCCAGCCCUUCCAAUGCCAAUAAUAGGUCCACGCGUUCCAGUCCAGCGGUUAGCACUGUGGGAUCAUCCAUCUGUAGCCCCGUAAACAACUCCAUAGGGUUCCCGCCUUCUGGCACGCCAGUGGGGCCUAGCAGAAGCCAAGAUACCGUUCCUAGUCCAGAAACAAAAGACAAGGGUGCUCAAGAACUCACAUUUCCUAAGAUGGAGGAAAUGGAGAACGCCAUCUCCAACAACAGCCAGAUGAACCUUGUUCAGUUCAUAAAGCCCGAGCCAGACGGGUCCUUCGGCAGCGCCUGCAUCGGCGACAGCAGCAGCAAAAUAAACUCCGAUUCCCCCUUUUCAGUACCAGUGAAGCAAGAGUCGGCCAAACAUCCUUGUUCUGGUGCCUCCUUUAAAGGGAAUCAAACAGUGAAUCCUUUCCCAUUUACAGAUGGCUCGUAUUUUUCUUUUAUGGAUGACAAAGACUAUUACUCUCUUUCUGGGAUUUUAGGACCACCUGUUUCUUCAUUUGAUGGAAAUUGUGAAGGUAACGGUUUUCCAAAUCCAGGCCUACGUGUGGGGAUUAAGCAGGAGCCUGAUGAUGGCAGCUAUUACCAAGAAAACAGUAUACCAUCCUCUGCCAUUGUGGGUGUAAAUUCAGGUGGACAGUCAUUUCACUACAGGAUCGGUGCCCAGGGCACAAUAUCCUUGUCGCGGCCGGUUGCUCGAGAGCAGACAUUUCAGCACUUGAGCUCCUUCCCUGCUGUCAGCACGCUCGUGGAGACCUGGAAGUCGCAUUCAGAGUUGGCAUCCAGAAGAAGUGAUGGGUAUCCAGUUCUAGAGUACAUUCCAGAAAAUGUAUCCAGCUCUUCAUUGAGAAGUGUAUCAACUGGAUCUUCAAGACCUUCCAAAGUGUGUUUGGUGUGUGGAGAUGAGGCAUCUGGAUGUCAUUAUGGGGUGGUUACAUGUGGCAGCUGUAAAGUUUUCUUCAAGAGAGCAGUAGAAGGCCAGCACAAUUACCUGUGUGCGGGAAGGAACGACUGUAUAAUUGAUAAGAUUCGGAGGAAGAACUGCCCAGCCUGUCGAUUACAGAAAUGUCUGCAAGCUGGAAUGAAUUUAGGAGCCCGGAAGUCCAAAAAGUUGGGAAAAUUGAAAGGGAUGCACGAGGAGCAGCCCCAGCAGCGGCAGCAGCCACCCCCGCAGAGCCCCGAGGAAGGGACGACGUACAUCGCUCCCGUGACCGAGCCCUCUGUCAACACUGCACUUGUCCCCCACAUGUCUGCUAUCUCACCAGCACUUACUCCCUCCCCUGUUAAGAUCCUCGAAAGCAUUGAGCCGGAGAUCGUGUACGCGGGAUACGACAGCUCGAAGCCGGACACAGCGGAGUACCUGCUCUCCACCCUAAACCGCCUGGCCGGCAAGCAGAUGAUUCAGGUGGUGAAGUGGGCAAAGAUACUUCCAGGAUUUAGAAACUUGCCUCUCGAGGACCAAAUUACUUUAAUUCAGUAUUCGUGGAUGUGUCUGUCAUCGUUUGCCUUGAGUUGGAGGUCGUACAAACAUACAAACAGCCAGUUCCUCUAUUUUGCUCCAGACCUGAUCUUCGAUGAGGAGCGGAUGCGCCAGUCGGCGAUGUUCGAGCUGUGCCAGGGCAUGCACCAGAUCAGCCUGCAGUUCGUCCGCCUGCAGCUCAGCUUCGAGGAGUACACUAUCAUGAAAGUGCUGCUGCUCUUGAGCACAGUUCCCAAGGAUGGUCUCAAAAGCCAAGCUGCAUUUGAAGAAAUGAGGGCAAAUUACAUUAAAGAACUAAAGAAGAUGGUAACUAAAUGUCCAAGUAACUCUGGGCAAAGCUGGCAGAGAUUCUACCAACUGACUAAACUUCUUGACUCCAUGCAUGAUCUUGUUAGUGACUUAUUGGAAUUCUGCUUCUACACCUUCCGAGAGUCUCAGGCACUGAAAGUAGAGUUUCCAGCCAUGCUGGUGGAAAUCAUCAGUGACCAGCUACCAAAGGUGGAAUCUGGGAAUGCCAAGCCCCUGUACUUUCACAGGAAGUGA